CCCGCCCGGGGCGCGCGCGGGGCUGGGCCUUCAGGUGGCGAGCGGGAGGGACUGGCCGGGAGAGCGGGGGCGGGGCCGGGGCCAGGUAGAGAGAGCUGCCCGGCGGCAGGCGCGGAGGGCCGCGAUGGGGUGCUGCCGCCUCUACAGAUUCGACGCGGCCCGCGGCCCCCGGCGGCUUAUGCGCGUGGGCCUCGCGCUGAUCCUGGUAGGCCACGUGAACCUGCUCCUGGGGGCCGUGCUGCACGGCACAGUCCUGCGACACGUGGCCAAUCCCCGCGGCGCCGUCACCCCGGAGUACACCACGGCCAAUGUCAUCUCCGUGGGCUCGGGGCUGCUGAGUGUUUCCGUGGGACUUGUGGCCCUCUUGGCAUCCAGGAACCUUCUGCGCCCACGACUGCACUGGGCCUUGCUGGUGGUAGCUCUGGUGAACCUGCUCUUGUCCGCCGCCUGCUCCCUGGGCCUCCUCCUUGCUGUGUCACUCACUGUGGCCAACGGUGGCCGCCGUCUGAUUGCUGACUGCCAUCCAGGACUGCUGAAUCCUUUGCUACCGCUGGACCAGGGCCCUGGACCAUGGGCUGACUGCCCAUUUGACCCCACAAGAAUCUAUGAUACAGCCUUGGCUCUCUGGAUCCCGUCUUUGCUCAUGUCUGCAGCGGAGGCAGCCCUGUCUGGUUACUGCUGUGUGGCUGCACUCACCCUGCGUGGGGCUGGGCCCUGCAGGAAGGAAGGGCUUCAGGAGCAGCUAGAGGAACUGACAGAGCUUGAACUUCCUAAGUGUAAAAGACAGGAAAAUGAGCAGCUACUGGAUCAAAAUCAAGAAAUGCAGGCAUCCCAGAAAAGCUGGGCUUAGGACAGGUGCUGAUCCAGAGGCUCAGUUCACAACGGUGACAUAAACCCCGAGAUGACGUAAACAGUUGUAAUAAAAGAACUCUUUUCUUCUA